AAAAUUAGGUGUUGUUUUGAUGAAAUGUUUUCUCAUGAGUUGUUUUGGUGUUGAAGUUUUAUUUAUUAAUUGAACUAAGUGACUUUAUACUAUUUAAUUUUUUAUUACAAGUUUUCUCUUUUGAUUCAGGAACAAUGGAAAGAAUUGAUUUAGACGACGAUCAAAAAGGUUACCGCUGGGAAACCGAAUAUGAAAAGACAUGGGAAGCGAUUCGUGAAAAUGAAGAAGGACUGCUCCAGCCUUCUGUCAAUGAUAUGAUUCACCGAGCCAAAAGAAAGCGACUUACCGAUCGUAAAAAUGUUCGUCUUGGAAUGAUGAGACAUCUUUACAUUGUCAUAGAUAUGUCUCAAGCAAUGGUUGAAGUUGACUUGAAGCCAACACGAAUUUAUUGUACUUUGAAGAUAUUACAAUUAUUUCUCAAUGAUUUUUUCGAUCAAAAUCCAAUAAGUCAAAUUGGAAUCAUCGUGACACGGAAUAAAAGAGGUGAAAAAAUGGUUGAAUCUACUGGUAAUCAUAAAGCAUUAAUGGACACUGUCAAUAAACUAAUGGACGUAAGCUGUGUUGGCGAACCAUCACUCCAAAAUGCUCUGGAGAUUUGUUUACAUUCAUUAAAACAUCUUCCAGCUCAUACAAGUAAAGAAGUUUUGGUCAUUUUCGGCUCAUUAACAACCUGUGAUCCAUCUGAUAUUAACGAGACAAUCGAAGCAUUGGUCAAAUAUAAUAUAAGGGCUUCAGUAAUUGGUUUAGCCGCCGAAGUCAAAAUUUGUCAAAAACUAGCUAAAUCUACUAAAGGAACUUAUGAUGUUAUCCUGGAUGAAAAUCAUUGUAAAGACUUAAUAUUCGAGCAUCUUAAUCCUCCCCCAGCCACUGCAAACUCUGAAUCAUCUUUAAUUAAAAUGGGAUUUCCUCCUUAUAUGAAUGAUGGAGAGGGUAAACCGGCAAUGUGUGUUUGUCAUCUCUCUACAAGCGUCAAUUUCUCAACAUCAGGCUACUUUUGUCCUCAAUGUGAAUCUAAAUAUUGUGAUCUUCCCGUUGAAUGUCAAACAUGUGGUCUAACAUUAGUUUCAUCAACUCAUCUUUCACGAUCUUAUCAUCACUUGUUCCCUGUUGAUCUUUUUAACGAAAUGGAUUUUGAAAAUGGCGAAAAAUGUUUCGCAUGUCAAUUAGAGUUAACCAAAGGUUCUCAGUGUAGUCAUUGUCAAAAUUUUUUCUGCAUUGAAUGUGAUCUUUUUGUUCACGAGAAUAUGCACCUUUGUCCUGGUUGUGCCAGUAAACCAGGUACACACAGAUAAUCAUAAUUGAAACUCAAUCUAUUUAUAAGAAAAGAUUUCAUUUAAUAAAUUUCACUUUUUACUUUUGCAAA